AUGGGAAAAGCGAGAAUUUUGAAGUCAGUCUAUCUCCUCUAUGCUCACUGUAUGCAUAUGCAAACUUCUGAACUCAGGUUAUCCCCUUCUUCUGGAGAGGCAACCGUCUUCAGUGACAAUCUUCCCGGAUAUCCUGACAACAUCAGACAAGCAACAGAUGGGAAUGUCUGGGUUCCAAUUGCCGCUACCAGAUCAGAAGGUGACAACUGGUUAGCAGCUAGACCAUCACUACGCUCGCUUAUGACAAAGGUGCAUAAACUAGCCACUGGUUUCUUAUCACCUGACAACGAUUCCUGCUUUGCAGCUACUUUCGCCCCAAGCAGUUCAUGUGGUCGCAGAAUGGAUGACGAAAAAAUAUGGUCUGGUUCUGAAGUUGGAUUCCGAGACGGGCAAAGUGGUGGAGUCCCUGCAUGA